CGCCCUGCGGUCGGGCCGCCGAGGCUGCCGGGAGCGGGCGGGGGCGGCAGGUGUCGCGAGAGCCGCGUCGGGCCUCCCGCGGUCCGUGCGCUAUGGCGGGCCGGGCCGGCGACGCCGAGCGGGAGCCGCUCUUGGGCGCCCGCGCCUCCGGGAACAGGGACUGGGAGGUGGUGGAGAGCGCGGAGCACUGCAGGAGCCGCUGGCGGUCCAUCCGCGUCCUGUACCUCACCAUGUUCCUCAGCAGCGUAGGCUUCUCCAUCGUCGUCAUGUCCGUGUGGCCCUACCUGCAGAAGAUCGACCCCACGGCCGACAUGAGCUUCGUGGGCUGGGUCAUCGCCGCCUACAGCCUGGGCCAGAUGCUGGCGUCCCCGCUCUUCGGGCUGUGGUCCAACCACCGGCCGCGGGCCGAGCCGCUCGUGGCCUCCAUCUCCGUGUCGGUGGCGGCCAACUGCCUGUACGCCUACGUGCACCUGCCCGCGGCCCACAACAAGUACUACAUGCUGGCCGCGCGCGGGCUCGUGGGCUUCGGGGCAGGAAACGUGGCCGUGGUCCGCUCCUACAUCGCCGGGGCCACCUCUCUGCGGGAGAGGACCGGGGCCAUGGCCAACACCAGCGCCUGCCAAGCGCUGGGCUUCAUCCUGGGCCCAGUUUUCCAGACUUGCUUCGCGCUCAUCGGAGAGAAGGGCGUGACGUGGGCGGGCCUGCGGCUGCAGCUCAACAUGUACACGGCGCCCGUGCUGCUGGCCGCCCUGCUGGGGCUGCUCAACGUGCUGCUCAUCCUGGCCGUGCUCCGGGAGCACCGCGUGGAUGACCUGGGGCGGCAGUGUGGGAGCGUGAACGCCGAGGAAGCAGCUGCGGGGGAGGGCCCGGGGCCCCGUGGACGCAUCGACCUUGUUGCCGUUGUGGCCUCCAACGUGCUGUUCUUCGUGGUCCUGUUCAUCUUUGCCCUUUUCGAAUCCAUCUUCACGCCGCUGACGAUGGACAUGUAUGCCUGGACGCGGGAGCAGGCUGUGCUGUAUGACGGCGUCAUCCUGGCGGCGCUGGGCGUUGAGGCGGUCGUGGUCUUCAUGGGGGUCAAGUUCCUCUCCCGAAAGGUCGGCGAGCGGACGGUCCUGCUGGGCGGCCUCGUGGCCAUCUGGGCCGGCUUCUUCAUCCUGCUGCCGUGGGGGAGCCAGUUUCCCAGGAUCCAGUGGCAAGACUUGCAGAACACCUCCAUCCCCAACGCCACGGCCCGGGUCCCCAGCGCUGCCCGCUGGUACGCGCCAGGAGAGCAGGAGCCGACGGGGUGCCCGGUGCAGCAGGCCUGGUGCCUGACCGUCCCCGCCAUCCACCUGGCCCAGUUCCUCACGGCCACCGCGCUCGUCGGGGUGGGCUACCCGGCCUGCAACGUCAUGUCCUACUCACUCUACUCCCAGGUGCUCGGGCCCGAGCCACAGGGCGUCUACAUGGGCUGGCUGACAGCGUCGGGGAGCGGCGCGCGCAUCCUGGGCCCGGUGUUCAUCAGCCAGGUGUACAGUGCGUGGGGCCCGCGCUGGGCCUUCGGGCUGGUGUGCGGGCUGCUGCUGCUCACUCUGGCCCUGCUGGCCGCUGUCUACCGCAGGCUGGUGCCCUUCACCCAGCUGCCCUCUGACGGCCCGCACACGGGCGAGAAGGGCCAGUGCCAGGCCGCGUGACAGGCCAGCAGGCCUGCGGCCCCGCUGCUGCCCUGGACACUGCCCCUGGCACCCCUCGGGGCGUGGCAGACAGGCGCCUUCCCUGCUGCCGUGGGUUCCUGCGCGGCUCCCGAGGUGCGGGCCCACACGGGCGGGCCACACGCCUUUGACCUCCUGUCUGCAGCCCGCCCAGACCCCCUCCCACAGCAGGCCAAGGGCGCGGGAGUCGGGUGGCGGUGGCCCAUGGCAGAUGCCCUUGCCCAGGCCAGGAGCGUCCUCUGGACGUGUGGGCGACUGACCUGUGACAUAAUGCGUCACCUUCAGCCUUAAGCACCAGCCUUUGGACAGAGCUGAGGGCCCGCUUCCAGCCACUGUCUGGUGGGUACCCCAGAGAAGGGUCAGCAGAACCGCCAAAGCCCCGUGCCCACCGGGCGUUGGGGCCCAGGCUUGUGGCAGGUGCCCACGUGAUCAGUGGGCUCACUCAUAUCAUCUCCGGUUACAAACGGCCGACGACGGCUCUGGACUGGCGGGGCACAUGAAAAGCACACGGGGGUCUGAGUCGGCCCCUGGCACCAUGUAACACCCCACCUCACAGACCCCCACCCUGGCUGGCGAGCAGGGGGCCAGCUCGGUGCUGACCGGAGCUUUCUGGGAGAUCCCGACCGCAGCGAGGGGAAGAAUCCGAGCAACAGGGCAGGCGCUUCCAAAGGCAGAUUAUUUAUUUACCAACUGAAAGAACUUUCAGAUUAAACUGACUCCUAAAUAAACAGGAAAC